AACACGUUUUAGGAUACGCAAAACAUUUAAUCUGGAAAUUAAGAAAAAAUGCCCUGACGUGUCUUAAUAUGAACAAUCCCUGUGGUUUGAAGUGAAUGUAUAUAUAUCAAGUGAACACACACGAGAAGGUAUCGCUGUUGCAGUGUUACAACAAUUGUCUUGUAGAGUGGUCAAAUGGUACUAUCAGGAUAUAGUUGCCUAAUACUGGGACUCUGCCUAACACACAUUGCCCUGUCGCAGAAGAAAGACACGUCAGUUGCUGUAGGUGUGGAAGCAAGCAAGAACGGUGGUGUAAAGGGGACUGUUGACGUGUCUAAGGACUUAGGUAAUGGGGUCAGUGUAAACGCCGGAGGCAGCGUGGACUCAAGGGGAAAUUGGGGAGCGAGAGCAGGGAUCUCAUUGAGAUGGCGAAGGUCUCUGAAGGUUCAUAAGGACUUUCAAAGAUUCAACGUGACGCUCAUGGCUGAUCCCUGUGAAUUCGACUUUUAUGAUCAAGAUAAAGAUAGCAGAAUUUCAAAGAAAGAGAUGAUGUCAAUCUUUGGAAAUAACACUGCGGCUGCUAUGCUGUUUCAUGCUCUGGACAGAAAAACUGUUGAUGGUACGAUAACCAAGAAAGAGUUUGAUAAUUUAUCUGCUGUAGUCAUCAACGACUGCUUCCGGGGCAGCCUUUAACAGAGCGAAAUUUCCCAUAAUCUUGGGCUAAUGCCAUUUGACGUAAUCAUGUAUUAAUUUGAGAUGUAUUUUCCCAUCACGACAAAGAUGAUUUGAUAACCAAUAAAUGAAGCAAAGAUUAAAAAACGUCCUCAAAUUAUUGUUCCAGUACAAUCGUAUAUCCGGUUUCAACGAAGCUUUAAACUUGUCCAGAUACGUAUCCUCGAACAACAGAUAAUUGCAUUUAAUUAAGUUAAUACCGCUACCCUCCAUUUGCUGUAAAAUGGGUUCAUUUAAAGUUCAAAAACAGUAAUAUUAGUUGAAAUUACUUUGACGUCAAUCGUAGGCCGAUAAGCGCGAAACCUGUGAAUAAAUGUUCAAAGUUCAUGUAAAUCUUUGUUUCGUUAAAGACAUUCCUUCAAUACACCUAUAAUUCAUAGUAAAUAACAGGAAAGAGACCAGAAGUUAACAUUAGUAAUAAGCUUGGAUAUGCAAACUGAUCAAUGACCAGAUACUCAAUCAGAGAUAAAACGCCUCCAGACAGAAUUGAAUACUAUUAUUUUUUUCCACAUGUGAACUAUCGGGGAAAAUACACGUCUAGUUUAUACAUAAAUAUUACCGGCGUAAUUUAAUGCAUCGAAUGAACAAAGAAAAUAUCAUGUUCUUGAAAAUAUCUUAAUUCCGAUUAUUAUCUGAUAUUUUAUUUAAUUCAUAUCGUAUAACGACCGCAAGUGAAACCUUCUCUCCUUUUAUCGAGUUGAAUGUAAUCUUCAGUCGCACCAAUAAAUACCCUUUAACCCUGUAAACAAUAAUUUUGUUGACUGCACCCAUGAUGCGGUCACUUAGGAAAUAUAAACUUAUGAAAUGGCAGGUGUGGGAAUUGUAUUAUCCAUUUAAAUAUGAUUGCAAUUGUUUUAUCUUUGUAAGGUGAAUAUGUUUAAUCUAAUAAAACUA